GUAGGUCUGCAUUACGGAGUGCGGAUGUAAGGAUCUCAGGCUGUUGUCUUAGGAAAGAGGGAUACGUAACAUAAAAGGACAAACAUUAUGGAUGGUGGUUUGGUUUUAUUCCACACCAAAAAAGAGGUUUAGCGCCAAGCAAUGAGCCGAGUCCAUUAAAUAAUUCCGAAUGGACAUAUUAUUUUGCCUUCACUGCUAAUUACUGCCCUACCCACUCGUGUUGUGGCGAAAAAUUAGCCAACAGCAGAAAAUGAAACGUUAAAACACAUUUUCACAAAAAGCACUCAACUUUUUCUGAAAAACACCAAUUCUUUCAUACAAUGUGUACUUUUAAGAAGUACAUAAACGCUACAAACUCUACUACAGCUGCUCGCUUGCGUUGUUGGUGGAGACGGUAAAGGGUGGAAGCUGGUCACAGAUGUAAAAUACACGAAAGAAUCGUUCAUAAAAAUCUCACACAUAUAUAUUCUCUGAAUUAAAAAAUUAACAGGACCUACAGAAUGGCACAAAUAUCACAUGUGGGGAAAUUCAGCACAAGCAAGUGUUGUAAACAAUAUUGAGUAAACAGCGAUGAUUUACUCCCUAGUAAAGAUGUUAUCAUAUAAAGAAAAAAAUGUGAAAAAUCGUUUAUCAGCCAGGUAAAGGUUGUAGAGGCGGCACGCAGCCACCAGGGGUCGGUAUAGCUCUAGCUAUAACAUUGAAGCAGCCCUUUUUUGUUCUUAAUACAGGAAUGUCCUUAUUUUAAUGCACAACGUCUUCCUCCUAUUUAUUUAUUUUUUUAAUGCAUGAGUUUCCUCCUCCCCUUUAUAUAUUUUUUGUACAUGGGUCUCCACCUCCUCUUUAUUUAUUUAUUUUUAAUACAUGAGUCUCCACCUCCUUUUUUAAUACAUUUUUGUGUUUAUUUGUUGUGCCCGAGUCUCCUCCUCCUCCUUCCCCCCACCUCGCACAUCAUUGUGUCCUCCAGCAGGCCGCCUGAUGCAAAUCUCGGCCGUCACAUCGGCGGGGGUCGGGCUCAGCUCGGCUAAGCGUGCCUCGGUUCGGACAUGUUGUGUUGUACAGAAGGGUUCCAUGCAAGUUUAGUGGCUAGAAAGGUUUCAAUUCAAUUCCGUGUGUGUUCCUUUGGCUGCCAUGCUGCUGCUGCCUCUUCUUCCAUCUCCUUCAUUGGAUUUAAGUUGAACAUCUGGCCGCGCUCCAUGCCCGGAGCAAAGAUGAAGCGUGGAAUAAGUGGUCUUCUUCAUUGAGAUCCAGCAAAGAGCCAAUAGGGAAGGAGGUGGCUUCGGAAGCAGGGCGGCGCCAUGGGCUGCGUGAAGAGCAAAGAGGACAAAGGCCCCGCUAUUAAGUACGGGCCAGAGAAUGCGUCUCCGUCUGACCCCAACGCCGCCACCCCCCAAAUGGGCCACUACGGGCCCGAUCCCACUCAUCUGCAGCCCAAUCUACCCCUCUCCUUGUCCUCCUCGUGCUCCGCUGCCGCCAAUGUCAACCCUGCCCUUACGCCCUUUGGCGGAUCCUCCAAUGCUAUUAGCCCCUUUGGGGGGGCUUCAUCUUCCUUCACUGGUCCGGUGUCCAACUCGUUUUCUGGUUCUCUCCCAGGUGGCGUGACUUUCUUUGUGGCGCUGUACGACUAUGAGGCCAGAACAUCCGAUGACCUUUCAUUCGAGAAAGGAGAACGCUUCCAGAUCAUCAAUAAUACAGAAGGAGACUGGUGGGAAGCUCGCUCCAUCAACACUGGAAAGAAAGGUUACAUCCCGAGCAAUUAUGUGGCCCCCGCAGACUCCAUCCAGGCUGAGGAGUGGUACUUUGGCAAAAUGGGCCGCAAGGACGGCGAGAGGUUGCUGCUGAAUCCGGGGAAUCAUCGGGGGACUUUCCUUGUGCGUGAAAGCGAAACCACUAAAGGUGCUUAUUCUCUUUCCAUUCGGGAUUGGGAUGAAACCAAGGGAGACAAUGUGAAACACUAUAAGAUCCGUAAGCUGGACAGCGGCGGGUACUACAUCACCACUCGAGCGCAGUUCGACACCUUACAGAAGCUGAUCAAACACUACACAGAGCACGCAGACGGCCUCUGCCACAGGCUCACCACACUUUGUCCCACAGUCAAGCCUCAGACGCAGGGACUCGCUAAGGAUGCCUGGGAGAUACCUCGCCACUCACUUAGACUGGAGCUCAAGCUGGGACAGGGCUGCUUCGGAGAAGUCUGGAUGGGCACGUGGAACGGCACCACCAAAGUGGCCAUAAAGACCCUGAAGCCAGGCACCAUGUCGCCAGAGGCCUUCCUGCAGGAAGCUCAGAUCAUGAAGAAGCUUCGUCAUGACAAACUGGUGCCUCUGUACGCUGUCGUUUCUGCCGAGCCCAUCUACAUCGUCACAGAGUACAUGGCCAAAGGCAGCUUGCUCGAUUUCCUCAAAGAGGGUGAUGGAAAGUUCCUUAAGCUUCCUCUUCUGGUGGACAUGGCAGCACAGAUCGCAGACGGUAUGGCUUUUAUUGAGAGGAUGAACUACAUCCACCGCGACCUACGCGCUGCAAACAUCCUGGUGGGCGACAACCUGGUGUGCAAGAUUGCCGACUUUGGCCUGGCCAGAUUGAUCGAGGACAACGAGUACACAGCCAGGCAAGGAGCCAAAUUCCCUAUCAAGUGGACUGCACCGGAGGCGGCGCUGUACGGACGCUUCACCAUCAAGUCGGACGUGUGGUCCUUCGGCAUCCUAGUGACUGAGCUCGUCACCAAAGGCAGGGUGCCUUACCCUGGCAUGGUCAACCGGGAGGUGCUGGAGCAGGUGGAGCGGGGCUACUGCAUGCCAUGCCCACACGGCUGCCCCGAGUCACUGCACGAGAUGAUGAAGCUGUGCUGGAAGAAGGAACCGGAUGAGAGGCCCACCUUCGAGUACAUCCAGUCCUUCCUGGAGGACUACUUCACCGCCACGGAGCCCCAGUACCAACCUGGGGAGAACCUAUAGCUGCACCAAGGUUUGGUUAGGCUUGUUCUUAGAGGUCCUAAACACACUUGAUUAAAAGCUUAUUAAUAAAGCUAUAAUAAAGAAGCCAUAACAUGCUCCUGUAUAUCCUAUGAAGGCAGUAAAUAUUGUCUUUCGGUCUAAAGUGGCUCUGCACUCGCCUGCAUAGCAAUACCCUUUUCCUCCCCACCGCCUUUUCUCCUGUUUGGACUCAUCCUCACGGAAUAACAAGCUUUGAAUAGGAUGGGAAACUCAUUUUUAUAAGCUACAAGGACAUGGGUGCUAAAUGUGUUUAUAAUUUGUGUUUGGGAAUUUAUACAAUUAAAAGUAAUAAGAUGAGUCCAGUUGUCCUCUAUGUUACACUGCCACCUGCUGGUAGAGCCUUCAAUCUGCCCAAAAGACCACUGAUGACUGAGCUGUGACCUAGAUAGUUUUCAUGGAUUAAAUGCACUCUGUUGACACUGCAUUUAUUAUAGUCCUUACAGCCUUAAUAUGCUGCUAUACAUAUUGUAGACGUGAAAAUAUUACAAAUAGUUGUCAGUUUGAUGCUGUGCAGUAGCACACCGGUAAAGUCUCAUUCCUUCAAGUAAAAUUGUGUUUUUAACGGAUAAACCUUUGCUCCUCCUCCAGCUUUUUUACUGUCUUU